AUGCGAAGUAUCCUCUUGUUUCUACUUAUCGGUGCUGAUAUUUAUAAUGUUCAGAUAAACGGUAUUCCAUUGAACACAUAUGGACUUCCACAGGUUCUACUUUGGCCUGGACCACGUCCUCCAUUCGGACCACCUCCACAAUUCGCACCACCUCCACUAUUCGGACAACCCCCACAAUUCGUACCACCUCCACUAUUCGGACAACCCCCACAAUUCCUACCACCUCCACCUUUCGGACAACCCCCACAGUUCGCACCACCCCCACCCUUCGGACAACCCCCACAAUAUGGACCAGCUCCACCCUUCGGACAACCCCCACAAUAUGGACCAGCCCCACCUUUCGGACAACCUCCACAAUACGCACCGCCGCCAUCAUUUGGUCAACCUACACAAUUUGGACCACCACCAUCGGAUGGGCAACCCCCUCAUUCAUCAUCUCCAUAUGCAUCUGCACCGAACAGUCAAUCACCUUCAGAUGGACAGUCUCCUCCAGCGGGAUCACCAAUGUCCGGCAAUGACGGAUCAAAAGCGCCACCUCCAGGUGAAUCUGAACAACCAUCAAUGGAAAAAUAA